UUCUCAGCCUCACACGUGCACCUUGGCCACGGCGGGUUUGGUGCGGCGCUACGAAGGAGAGGAAUGUUACGUCACUCGGUCAGCCAUGGUCCCUUCGCAGAUGCCUUUUCCUUCUACAGUACAGCCAGGGCAGAUUCCGAUGACAGCCUGGUGAUCAUGCCCUCGGCCCAGCAACGUUCAGUCUUCGAGGGGGAGAGUCUCUUCGUGUCUUGUUCCAGCCAGGGCAAGAACGUGCAGCGGAUCCUGUGGACUGGACCUGAAGGAAACCAGAUCACCGACUACAAGGGCAGCGUGUCCUAUAGAGAUCUUCCAAGGAUCCACGUCGAGGAAGGAGCGGCAGCUCAUAAUGGAGUUGAUCUCAUAUUUGAUAAUAUUUUGAGGAGGGAUCGCGGCAACUACACCUGCUCGGCCAACGUGGACGGCAAGGAGGUAUCCAAGUCCUUCGAGCUCUUCGUGGACAAGGAGAUUGACUUCCUGGAUACACCAACCAUCCAAUACUUGGAGGAAGGUUUUGACUCAGAACUCAUCUGUGACAUCACUGGUGACCCAGAGCCCACAGUGACCUGGAGCUUUGAGGGCAAGAAGAUCUCCUAUGGAGACAAGUAUGCAAAGGUCAGUGAUACAUCUAAUAACCUCAUUGUGAGCAACGUCACCCUGAAGGAUGCUGGAGCCUAUGCAUGCAAAGCUGUGCAGGUGUCCCCUCGCAUCACUGAGAUGAAGGAUCUGUCCAUUGAUGUCAAAGUUCACCACAAACCCCUGUGGAAUGAUGACAAGACCAAAGCAUACAGUUAUGUGGAUGGAAGUGUUAAUCUCACCUGUGAAGUUAAGGCAGAACCUGAGGCUAACUUUACCUGGACUAAAGAUAAUGGCGUGAUCUACCCCUCUGACAGUGCCCAGAUCUUCAAUGACAACAACACCAGCAUCCUGCAGCUGAAAGUGAAUGACUCAAGAAUGUUUGGGGACUACCUGUGCAUAGCACAGAACAAACUGGGAACCCUGGAGAGGGUGAUCAUCCUACAGCAGGGAGAAAAGCCUGCCGUACCUACAGCCAAGGUGACAGUGGAAGGAGUAGAUCGUCUGGAAUUGAGUAUAGAUGCCAAGAACCACCCAGAGAUGCCUAUUGUUGGCUACCGUGUGCAAUACAAGGAGGCUGGUGAGGAUUGGUCACGGGCCCAGUCUACCUACUUCAAGAAAGCAAGCAUCUAUGUCCUGGAAAACCUGAAGAAUGAUACUCCUUAUGUGCUGAGGGCUGCCAGUAAAAAUGCUGCUGGAUUCUCAGACUACUCUGUUGAGGUAACAAAGAGAACAGAAAAAAUUAUUUCCUCUGCCAGCACCUCUGCCUCCUUCAGUAUCUCAUCGUGUGUUGCCCUCCUCCUCUUCCUCCUUGUCUCUGCUAGUCUCUUGUGAACACUGGAUGGAGCACUUCUGUAGCUUACUCUUCUUAGCUCAGAAUGGAAAAGCUCUUUGAUCUAUCUCCCAACAGGUUGGAAGCAUAAUUUGAUUUUUUUUUUUCAAUUUUUGUCGUAUAAGGAGAUGGAAGAAAAAUGUAAGAACAUUUUUAUUUCUUUUUAUUUUCUAGUUCCAACAUCUUUAGAGGAAAUCUCAGUGCUGUAUGUUGUUCUCACCAAAGGCCAGUAGAAUCUUGAUGCAAUUUGAUGCAAGUCCUCUGAAAUUUAGAAACAACAUGACUUAACUUAGCAUUUGUUAUAUGAUUUGCCUUCAUAAUAUAAAUAUGAAUAUUAUUCACUGAUUACGUCUUGGAUGUCUUCUUGUCAUUUAUAAGUAAGUAGAGUAAGAAGGCCAGUAAGCUGAGACUUUGACAAAGACUGUGUAUGAUGCUUAGUUUUCUGGUGCUGGAGUCCAAAACAAUGUGUUUUUGCUUGUGAAAUAAAUUCCAGGACAAAUGGUGUUAUGUUAGAUUUUAAAUGAGACAAGGACUUUUCCAUUUAGGAAGAAAUCUUUCUGGAAACAAAUUACUUUAUAGUUUCUAAGGAGUUCCUAUAUCACCUGAUACUUUCCAAGGCCACUGCUGUUGGGUCUUGCUAAUUCCAUGGUGCCAUUGCCUCACACAGGUUCUUACUAACAUUUAUUUAAAAUGCAAUUGGAGAAUCAUUAAGGUAACAUUAUGUGAUGGAAAGCCAUAUGGAGGAUGAAAUAUUAACCAAGAGUUUUUUUUUUUUUUUUUUUACUUAAUUUCAUUGAUUAUUUUGGGCCAAAGUUAAUUUGAAACAACAUCCUAGUAUUAUAAUAAAGGACUUGUGCUCUCUGUCUUGCUAGUGAUAUCAGGUGGUAUUUAUGUAAAUAAUGUUAGAAAUGUUUUACAGCUGCAGCCUUGUCUGUAUUAGUCGAACCUGGUUAGUUUAGUUCCACACCCUGAAGACCUGCCUGAAAAUGCUGAUGAAUUGUUACCUAGGUAGACUCUAGUCUGAAAGGAAAUUUUAACAGAAGUCUUCAGAGUGCAAUAUAAAAUACAGAAAAUCUUUUGCCUAUCAGAUGUGUAAAAAAUAUAUAAUUGAAGAAUCCAAAGAUAACUGAAAGUUAAAUAGGUAUUGUUAAUAAUUUUAUAAUGUUGAGUCAAGGACAUGACUGCAUUUUCACUGCAUCAGGUGUGUCAAGGGUGAGAUUCAUGGGUCACUGAACUUAAUUAUAUCUUGUAUACCACUUAGUAAGAUGUUGUGCUUACCGAGGAAAGACUAAGCUGUUUUCCCUUGAUGGUGGUGCGUGUUGGAGUGUUGAACUGUCUCCCUCCCACAACCUCACACCUUAUACUAGUGUAUGUUUGUUUUCCCUUGGGCCAUGUCAUGCAUUUCCUAUUUUUUAUUUUAUUUUUUUAUUUUUUUUUAGCUUGCAAAUGUAUCCAGAUGUUUUGGAAUAUAGCCUCAAGCAAAGCCAAAAUGUGAUGUUUAGCAUCUGACUGAGCCAGUCUUUAUAUAAAAGGAGAAGAAAGAUUAUAGCUGGAAAGAGGCUGAGAUUUUGGAAUACUGAAAUAAAUUAUGGAUUUUUCCCAUUAUAUUGUUGCUGUGAUUAAAUUAUAUUAUACACAGUUUUCAAGUGAAAGUGAUGAGGCUCUAAAAAUUUUUACAUACAUUUAAAUGUUGAUUUGUUCAUCUUUUACAUACAUUUAAAUGUUGAAUUGUUCAUCUUUUACUAUAUCAUUCAUCAAUGUUAUUUAUUUUUUUAUGCCAUUGCCUUGAUAAUGAUAUUCACUGUAGAGUAAGUUACAUCUUUUCCAUUACUUAUAACAAUAAAAAAAAAGGAACACGUGGGUGCAGUUUCAUACAAAAUAACAAAAAAAUAAACAUUCUAUGGGAUUGGAUGAUGUUUUUCUCUCACUGACUAUGUGAGAUACAUUUUAUAUUUUAUAAUCUAGGUAUUCCAUUAUUCUCAGCCUCCUCUGCAUAAGUGUAAUGAGUGGCUGUAUGCAUUAUCUACAUAUUAUUAUUGUUUGCUGUACAUAGCUAAGAAUAGACACUUUUCUGUGGUGUAAAUCAUAAAUUAUAUAGACAUGAGUGAGUAUGUUGUCAUUUCUGCUUACUCAUGUUCUCCCAGAACUCAUUUUCCAAUUCUGCAGAUUAAUUAUAUUUUGCGUAUUGCAGGUAAAGAAAUAACAUUAGUAUGCACUUGUAUAUUCUAGUGUGUGUGUGUGUGUGUGUGUGUGUGUGUGUGUGUGUGUGUGUGUGUGUGAUUACAUGUGCAUGUGUGUGUAUUUGUGUGUGUGCACAUGUGUAUGCAUGCAUGUGUGUGUGUGUGUGUGUGUGUGAUUUUUAUUUUUUUAAUUAUUUUUUUAAAGGCAUCCAAACAGAAGGGGAUAAUUGUGCUAUAUAUAAGUACACAGAUACAUACAAAAGUGAACCCAAAAAGAAAUGGGACUAGAUCUGUCUAAACCACUUUACAGUAUUUAUUGCUUAACCAAUUGUGUUCCUGUGUUGCACAAUAGUAUACUUAAGCAAGUACAGCUUAAUUGUUUCACUGUACUUGUUUUCUCAGGUAACUAUUCCUAUAUAAAAAAACUGCUCUUGAUGUAGCAUGAGCCACAAGCAACGAGUGAAUCUGAACUUCUUGGUGAAGCUUGCAACUGCACCUACUGAAAGGCUUGGGAUGCUAAAGGGAGUCUGUGGAGAAGAGACAAUGUCCUGUAUUUCUUUGAAUGGCACAAGUGAUUGAAGGAGACCUGGGAGGAUGUGGAAGAUGACUUGAAUUCAGGACAACCUUGAACUGCAAAAAUCAAAAGUGAAUGAGCUGGUGUGAAAGGACCAGAGGUUGUUCCUCAGGAUGAUGGCAGAGAAACUCAGAAAUUGCAAGAAAACUAUAAGAACCAGACAACCUUGCAAUGCACAAGGUUUGUGUCAAAAUGGUGCUCAAAUUUUUUGUGGUUGAAGGUCAUCUUGAUUCUGGGUCAUCCUCCUUUAUUCACCUGGUCAUUGUUAAAUCACUUGUGUCAUUCAAAGGCACACAUAUGGGACAUUAUCUCUCCUCCAUGGACACCUCAUAGCAUCUUGAGGCUUUCAGCUCAUGAUUUUUCAAGCUUCUCUAGUAACUUAUGAUUCACUUAUUGUUCAUAUUGUAUGCUGCAUCAGUAACAGUUUGCCAUGCAGGGAAUAGUUGCGUGUAUGGUGAAAAGAUAAAAGUUCUGCCUGCUUUUAAACCUUGAUAUAUUAUGCAAUACAGGAAUACAGUUGGAAACAAUGAAUACUAUAAAAGUGACUUAGACAAACCUAACCCCAUUUCUUUGUGAGUUUACUUUCUAUGUAUAUUAACUUCCCUGAAGAUGUAGACCAGGUGUCUAUCUUAUUUUUCCUAAUUCUUUUUGUGUAAUUGUUGUAUAGCCAUAAAUAACUCUUUAAAGCUGGCAGUGGUGUGUGUCUGUGUGUGGGGUAACUGACCACUCAGCCACCAUUGUAUAUUGUCGAUAAUAAUCUACCCAGCACUACAAAUUGUCAUUUAAUUUUUAUUGCCACUAGCAGUGAUAUCUUGAGCUCGAUCCUUGACUUAGCAGUGAUUAUGUUCAUAUUACCACUUGUUUUUGAUAGAAGGUCUUCUAGUGAGCUAUUUGUGGUAAAAUUGACUUCAUUGAAUAAAUUGAUGUAUACAAGUAAUUUUGUGCAUGUCUUGGUACUAUUACCAUAGCAGAGCUGGGUGGAGAUGUGGCUCACAAAUAAUAUUGUGAUUUCUGUAACCUACAUGAGUCUGAGGUAGAAGAAUGACAUUGAUAUUCAGUUACAAGCAGGGUCAUAAAUUCUUCUUAACACACAGACUGAACAACAAGCAGCCCAUUCCUCUCAUAUUGGACAUUGAGUUAUCAUGUUUAACCAUCCUUUCCUCACUAAAACUAUAUUGACAGAGUUCAAUUAAUGAAAUGAAGACUCUCUUUCUAUUCUGAAAUAAUCUUAUUCCACAUAUAUGUGACAUCCUGUAGGCUUACUCGUAUAUAAUGAAAUUAAAAAAAAAUUAUAUUUGUCCUUAUUUUGAGACACAAGGCAUGAUGUCUUUUCCAUCAAACUACAUUUAAGAGAAAUCUCAACAUCUUCAUUGCCACAUAAUUAAUUUAUGUUUAUCCUCUUGUGUAAGAAAAUGGUUCCGGCUUUUUAUUCUCAGUUUACAUCCCUUUGUUAUUAGUUAUAAAAUAUGCUAUUGCAACUUGCUGUCCAGCAAACAUGGAACAUGUUGCUGACCACCCAGCUUUUGUGUGCAUCCCAAAUGCAUCACAUAGUGGUGUGUGUGUGUGUGUGUGUGUGUGUGUGUGUGUGUGUGUGUGUGUGUGUGUGUGUGUGUGUGUGUGUGUGUGUGUGUGUGUGUGUGUGUGUGUGUGUGUGCGUGCGUGCGUGCGUGCGUGCGCAUGCAUGUGUGCACACAUCAAAAUGGGUCAAACAAGGCAGUCAGGACCCAAGACACACCUGUGAAGUGAAAAAAAAUUUUGUAUCCAUAUAGUAGUACACAAUUUAGAUUAAUUUUUAAUGUGUAGUCACUUAUCUAACCAAAUUUGGUCUGCAGUAUUGAAUGAUUUGAGAAUCUGUGUAUGUACUCUUGAAGUGUGAAUUAUCUUUAAGCUGGAUCUUUAAUGUGAUCACUUAUCUUAAGGCCUCAGAAUUAACUCAAGUGGAUGAAAUUAUUUUAAGACUGCUAAUUCUAAUAAUAUCUUACUUGGAAAGUAUUAAUUGUAUUGUAACUAUGAUCCAUGGGUUUGCUUGUGGGAAAUGGGAAUGGUCGUGAGUGUUUAAAAUGCUGUACUUGCUGCUUCUCUGUUACUACUACUAUUACUACUGCUGCUGUUCCUGCUGACACUUCUGUGUGUGUGUGUGUGUGUGUGUGUGUGUGUGUGUGACUGAGUGAGUGAUCUGCUGUGCCUAUUUGCUGACUGAGAGACCUGCUGAUAAGAGGCAAGUGUGAGGGAUGGAGUUCUAGCAAUGUGGCAGUAGAAUUUAUUUAGUUUUGUUUUUUCUUUUUCUUAUAGAAGAAACAUGUGAAAUUGAAUUUUCUCAUUAUAUAUAUAUAUAUAUAUAUAUAUAUAUAUAUAUAUAUAUAUAUAUAUAUAUAUAUAUAUAUAUAUAUAUAUAUAUAUAUAUAUAUAUAUAUAUAUAUAUAUAUAUAUAUAUAUAUAUAUUGAAUUCAUUACAACUACAAUAUUAGUAUUUCCACUGAUUCAUUAAUUCCUCAGCAAAUUACUUUCCACGACCUCCUCCUCCACAUUCAAGUUUCUAGUUAUUUUUGAGGUUCACUUUUUGUGUUGCGGAGGUUACAGGUUAUGAUGACCAUGCUAAAUUAUGUUGUGGUGGUGCCCCUGGUCAGUGCCCCAGCCACCCCCUGUCGUCCCUCGGUGUAUAUAAUGUUUAGCUCUUUGCUGAACCAAUAAAAAGUCAAAAGUGU